AUGGCGCCCAUUUCUUGGGGAACUUCCUGUCGAGAAGGUGAAAAACUUUCUCUCUUGCAGUUUAAGGAAGGUCUUCAUGGCCCUUCUGGUCGAUUGAAAACGUGGAAUGCCUCCACCUACUAUUGCGAGUGGGAGGGAAUUCUAUGUCACCGAGAUACAGGCCACGUCGUUCAUCUGGAUCUUCGGUAUCCUCGUGGCUACUAUGGUGAUUUUGGUUUGGGGAGAUAUGCCAGUGAUGAUGUUCUUACCCCUGCAAAUAGACAUGAUGUGCUUUUGCCCUUGUUUAAUUUAACAAUGCUAGAACACUUGGAUCUGAGUUACAAUGACUUCAUUGGUGUUGGUGUCCCUCACCAAUUUCAUAUGCUGAAUAAACUGCAGUAUUUGAACUUGUCAAAUGCUGGAUUUGUGGGUAUCAUCCCCAGGGAGUUGGGCAACAUGUCAAGAUUGCGCUGCCUGGAUCUUUCCACCGAAUACUACAUUUCCGAUUCCUCACAAUUGAGAACAUGCAGAUGUGGAUAG